CCGGCGGGGGGAACCGGUACCUCCGACCCCGGCACUGCCGCUGCUCCGCCAUGGCCAGCGAGACCGAGCCCGGCCGACACCGGCACCGCUGCUACUGCUGCGCGCAGGACGCGUCCGAUGUCCCCAAGGCCACCGAGCCUCAGGGUGACAGUGACGGCCCCCGCCGGGGUUCACUCUGCGACCGGCACUGCUCCAUCCUCAACCACGUGCAGGGAGACAUGAGCGACCUGGGCUGCCACCUGCACCGGCCCCAUAUCCCCACAGCUGUGGCCCCCCUGUCCUGCUGCCACCAGCACUCGGAGGAGGUCUGUGAGAGCUGCGUGCUCAAAACCACCCUCACAGCUGAGAAUGCAGUGGAGGCCAACAAGCUGUCCAACAACUACAAGUUUGGCUUCAAGAAGUGGAAGAGCCAUGUGACGGAGCGGCCAUGGGAGGACCGGUCCCAGAUAGUCAAGGAGCUCUACUCCAACCUCAACGUCAUCAGGGGCUCUGGAGGGUCCACAGUGACGUGUGGGAACAUCCUCUACCUGCUGCUCUUUGGCUGGUGGCUCUCGCUCUUCUACAGCAUCGUGGCUGCUGUGAUGUUCGUGACUGUUGUGGGGGCUCCUUAUGGGCAGCUCUGCUGGGACCUGGCUGGGUAUUUCCUCUGGCCCUUUGGCAAAGUGAUCCUGAAAGUGGAGGCCCCCAAGUCCCACUGUGUGGGUGAAGCUGGCACAAAGGAGAGCUCACCCCUGCUCGGUGGCCCCGUGCCCCACCGCUGGCGCCCACAGUGCUGGGGGGACGCUGGAUACUGGCAGGGCGCAGGCACCGCAGCAUGGCUGUGCCUGGGUUACCCACUGCUGGUGGUGGCCCAUGGGCUAGUGAGCAUUGCCGCAUGGCUCCUUGUGUUCCUCAUCCCUGUGGCCAAGCUGAGUGCCCGCACUGCUGCCCGUGUCCUGCUGCUACCCCCGGAGCGGGUGCUCGUCCGGCGCCUCCGCAUGACAGAGGUGCCGCUGGAAGGGGAGGUGAUUCUGUGCUGCUACAGUGCGGUCAACCCCUACUACUACAAGUACGCUGUGGAUGGCAUCAAUGUGUUUGCUGUCAACCUGCUGCCACUGGUGCUGGUCACACUGGUGCUGGGUUAUGUGGACAGCCACAACCGCCUGACCAGCUCCUCCGUCAAGUUCACGCUGGCCUUGCUCUCCAUCAUGCCUCUCUCCUACUACAUUGGCAUGGCCAUAGCCAGCAUCUCAGCCCAGAGCACGUUUGCGGUGGGAGCAGUGGUGAACGCCACGUUCGGCUCCAUCACGGAGCUCACCUUCUACAUCAGUGCCCUCAUCAAGGGCUCUCGAGAGGGCAACCUCUGCUACACCGAGAUCGUCAAGUCUGCCCUGACGGGGACACUGGUCGGCUGCGUCCUCUUAGUGCCGGGUCUGUGCAUGGUGAUCGGGGGCAUCCGGCACCAGGAGCAGCGCUUCAACAGCCGCUCGGCGGGUGUCAGCUCGGCCCUCCUCUUCCUCUCUGUGGGAGGUGUCUUUGCCCCGACGCUCUUCUCCAAGGUCUAUGGGAAGCUGGUGUGUGGGGAGUGCCACAAUGUCACCCAGAACCCGCUGGGGCACUACCUGUGCCACAACUGCCACUUUGACCUGAUGGAUAACAACGGCACCCUCUACUACAGCCACGUCCAACCCCUGGUGUACACCGUGUCCCUCCUGCUCCCAGCUGCCUACCUCAUCGGCCUCUUCUUCACCCUGAAAACUCACUCUCACAUCUACGACAUCCACAUCAGCGACUGUCACAUGCCUGGCCACCACCACAGUGCUGUGGUGCACUGGUCCCGCUGGCGGGCCCUGGUCAUCCUCCUGCUCUCCACCCUCUGCAUGUCAGCCUGUGCUGACCUGGCCACGGAGCACAUCAGCCCCAUCCUCACCAACUCCACCAUCUCACAGUACUUCAUUGGUGUCACGGUGCUGGCGAUGGUGCCUGAGCUACCAGAGAUUGUCAAUGGCAUCCAGUUUGCUCUGCAGAACAACCUGAGCCUGAGCAUUGAGAUUGGGAACUGCAUCGCUGUCCAGGUCUGCAUGCUCCAGAUCCCCAUCCUGGUGCUCUUCACCAUCUUCUAUCCCACCAACUUCACACUUGUCUUCAGCGACCUCCAUGUCUAUGCCAGCAUGUUCAGCGUGGUGCUCAUGAACUACAUCUUCAUGGAUGGCAAAUGUGACUACUUCCAAGGCACGGUGCUGGUGAUGGUUUACUUCAUCCUCCUGGCUGUGUAUUUCUUCGCCCCAUCGCCCAGUGGUUGCUGA